CAUUUUCAGAUCUCUAUGGGUAUCCACAGCGGAGUAUACCUACUGGGAAAAUACGGGCAGAAGAAAAUAAAAGAAAUCCAAGAAAGAGAAGCAGCUGAAUAUAUUGCUCAAGCACGAAGGCAAUAUCAUUUUGAAAGUAAUCAGAGGACCUGCAAUAUGACAGUGCUGUCAAUGCUUCCAACACUGAAGGAUGCUCUAAUGCAUCAGUUGAAUUCUGAGAGCCUCACAUCUUUGCUGAAAAAUAGGCCACCAAACAAGUUAGAAAUAUGGGAGGAUUUAAAGAUAAUAAGUUUUACCAGAAGCAUUGUAGCUGUGUAUAGUACAUGUAUGCUUGUAGUUCUUCUGCGAGUCCAAUUAAAUAUUAUUGGUGGCUACAUCUACCUGGAUAAUGCAGCAGUCUGCAAAAACGGCACAAGUCGUUUUUCUGAGGAGCAGACAAGUGGAGAGGUCACUGGUUCCAACUCUGGAUUGUCCUCUUCAGGAGACUUCCUAUCUGAGCAAAAGACACCUCUUGCACCACCUGAAGUCCAACAGCAAUAUUUAUCAAGUAUUCAACACCUUCUAGGUGAUGGUCUGACUGCAUUAAUAACUGUAGUUAAACAAGCUGUGCAGAAAAUUUUUGGAAGUAUUUCUCUUAAACACGCUCUGUCUCUUUUGGAGUUGGAGCAAAAACUUAAAGAAAUCAGAACAUUGGUAGAACAGAAUACUGACUCAUCCCACUCAGAUAAGACUGGAUCUAGAUCUCUGUUGUGUCAUUAUAUGAUGCCAGAUGAAGAAAACCCAUUAGCCACCCAGGCUUGUGGACUUACAGAAAGAGAUGUUGCUACUAUUAAAUUACUUAAUGAAACCAGAGAUAUGUUGGAAAGCCCAGAUUUUAGUACAGUUUUGAGCACAUGUUUAAACAGAGGAUUCAGUCGACUAUUGGACAAUAUGGCAGAAUUCUUUAGACCUACUGAACAGGACGUAUGUCAGAGUGGCUCUAUAAAUAGUCUCUCCAGUGUCAGUCUUCCUUUGGCAAAGAUAAUACCCAUCAUAAAUGGACAGGUCCAUUCAGUGUGCAGUGAAACCCCUAGUCACUUUGUUCAGGACCUGUUGAUGAUGGAACAAAUGAAAGACUUUGCUGCUAAUGUGUAUGAAGCAUUUAGUACUCCUCAACAAUUAGAGAAGUGAACUGUGCAUCAGAAGAGACAGAUCAUGUAUUUAUAUAGUACAUCCCUUGUGAAUACCUGGUAGGAAUUUAAGGAUUUUGGUUAAUUUCCUAAUGGGGUAGGAUUACUAGUCUGUCAGAAAGAAUACACUUCUUGAAAUUCUCAAGUAUUUUCCUGGUUUUGUUUUUUAUAUUAUAGAAUCCUGCUUACAACACCUGAUUAAAAACUUGUUCUUGUUGGAAGAAUCACUGUUCACUAAGACUGUUUUGAAGGUUUGAUCUCUGUUUAACUAAUUUAGAACUACUUUUAUUGUAUACAAAAGGCCAAUAUUAAGAUAUCUACAGUUAAAACUGACUUGCUUCCGAUGUGGUGAAUUUGGAAGAAAUAAUCUCUACAUAAAACUCUAGAAACUGCAACAGUUAGUAAGCUGGGUGAAAUCAGGCGCAUCUCUCCCUUCCCCACAGAUUUAAAAAGAUCCUUCUUUCCUCAGUACUACAAAUGCCAUCCUAACGGAUUUAAUAUUUCAAAGGUGAAAAUAAAGUUCUCUGCCAAGUGAUGCAGGUGCCUGACCAAAGUUCUGGGUGCUUGCCUUCUGCUGAAGACUUAAAAUACAUUGAUUUUUAGAGGGUCUCUUGUGUUUAUGCUGUUGAUGAACAGCUAUCGCUGUACACAUUUGUUUGUAAAUAUUUUAUCAUACUUUGUAUUAAUUGAUCCCAGUACACUGUCUGUAUUGCAAUAAAGAAUUUUAAUGUAAAAU